CCGCUCAUUGGGAAUUUGUCACUACGCAGCAGUCCAAAACUCACGUUAAGCUCGCACCAGUUCACACAGGAGUGUUACAAUGGCAGGAGUAAAGAGCAAUGAGCUUCAGGCUCUAGUCUUUGGAGCAUCUGGUAUUACUGGAUGGGCCAUAACUAACGCGGCUUUGUCAUACCCAACAUCCACCACGUUCAAGAGGGUGGUGGGCCUGACAAACCGGCCAUUGAGUGUGAAAGAAGCAGCGCUCCCCCAGGAUCCGCGAUUACACUUGUAUCCCGGCCUUGACCUCUCCCAGGAUUCUCAAACCAUUACUGAGUAUUUGAGCAAAAUCGACAAUAUCGGAGAAACCACUCAUGUUUAUUUUGCAUCAUACGUCCAUCGCGGAUGGGGAGUGGAGGACUCUGAGAAACGCAAAAAGGAGAAUGUGGAUUUCAUUGCCAAUGCAGUGGCUGCAGUCGAGAACGUCUGUCCGAAGCUGCAGUUCUGGACAUUCCCAACUGGUGGAAAGUGGUACGGGCUCGAAUUUGGGGAUGAAGUGAAAAGAGAAGUUCCUCUCAAAGAGAGUGCGCCGAGAGUUCCACCCCCUCAUGGAGACCAUAUUUUCUACUAUCCUCAAAUUGACACGCUGGCCAAGCUCUCCGAAGGCAAAAACUGGAAUUUUGCAGACAUUCGCCCAGAUGCAAUUAUUGGCUUUGUCCCAAAUCAUAACGCGAUGAACCUAGCGGAACCCAUUGGCCUUUAUCUCUCCCUAUGGAAAUCCCUUUCACCUUCUACCGAGGUCCCAUUCCCAGGAACCGAAAAGGGGUGGACUCAACUCCAUUCUGACAUUUCUUCUAGCCAGCUUGCGCGAUUCCACGUCUACGUUUCCCUAAACUCAGAAAAAACGGCAGGCAAGGCAUUCAACAUUGCAGAUGUAGACGCGGGGACAACGUGGCAGGACACAUGGCCUGGUAUCGCAGCUUAUUUUGGGCUAAAGGGAGUGGGACCUGUAGCAGAAGGAGAAUUGAGCGGUUAUAAAUGGGUCGAAUCACAGAAAGACAAAUGGGAUGCCUGGACGAAAGAGAAUGGCUUGAGGCCAAAGGUGCUUGAACAGACGGGUUGGGAUUUCAUGACCAUCGUAACUGGCACGUACUCGGAAAGGGAUCGCAACUUCGACCUCACUGAGGCGAGGAGAAUCGGUUUUACUGACAAGCCCGAUCACAUCAAGAGCUACCAUGUUGUUUUCGACAAAAUGAGAGCCGAGAAGAUCCUCCCAUAGGGUAAAUGGUCAGGUAGGGCUUCAUGGAAAGCGGGCGUCGAAAAUUAUAUAAUGGCUAUUACAGAAUUGGUCAAGAAUUCUGUGUCAGAGCGUUGGGCUUAUAUGCAGCAUCUGGCGUAAAUUAAACAUAUUGACAAGUUCAAGAAUUAGUGCCCCUUGAACGUGUAAAUCAUUUAAGAACAUGAUACAUGAUACCAAGUUGGUUAUAAGAUGCAAAUUAGGGCGUAUACGUAAGAUGUCCAAAAUUACGGAUAGUUAUUGUUAACAUUUACCUGAG